GAUGUUGGUGUUCAUGCCAUACCAAAGCUUCUUUUACCAGAUGCAGAAAACCAUGAACUUCCUAAACGAUCUCUGGCUCUUUCUGAUCUCUUGCUACGUUUCCUUCACUCCAUUUCCUGAUUCAACGUGUAAUUCCUGUAGAAAAAUGAUGCAAUCUUCACAAUUCUUCUGAUGGAAUGCGACAAUGCUGUUCUGUUCAUACUCUGAUCUCCGAGAGGAAGAGAAGCAGAGCAGUAGUAGUUAUUAGCAGGGGAAUGCCUUAUUACCACGUGACUGGCACGUGGCAUAGUCAAUGGAGCGGGCACGGGACGGCCGGCUUUGUCUCCUCAAACGCUCGCCUCCGUAGCCCUCGUUUUCCACCUCCCCUUCUCUUCGAGCCCUAUCGAUCUCCUUUCAGCCCCCUUCUUCUUCUUCCACUUGGAGGGUUUCUUUCUUCGCCUCUUUUCUUCGUCCGUGAAAAAACUAGCAUUAUCUCCCUCGAUUCGAUCGAUCUGGAAGCGGAUUGGUGACGGAGGACAAGCCUAGGGCGAGGAACGAUGCAGCAGCAGAGGCUCAAGCAGCAGCAGCAGGCGUUGAUGCAGCAGGCGCUCCUCCUCCAGCAGCAGCAGUCCCUCUACCCCCACCCCGGCCUCUUGGCCGCGCCUCAGAUAGAGCCAAUUCUAAGUGGGAAUCUGCCUCCUGGAUUUGAUCCCAGCACAUGUCGCAGUGUGUAUGUAGGUAACGUUCAUCUUCAGGUAACUGAAGCUCUUCUUCAAGAGGUUUUCCAAAGUACUGGCCUUGUUGAAGGAUGCAAGCUCAUUAGAAAAGAGAAGUCAUCAUUUGGUUUUGUUGAUUAUUAUGAUCGCCAAUCAGCUGCGCUUGCAAUUAUAACACUUAACGGGAGGCAGCUCUUUGGCCAACCUCUUAAGGUUAAUUGGGCAUAUGCGAGUGGGCAAAGAGAGGACACAUCAGGUCAUUAUAACAUCUUUGUUGGUGACCUUAGCCCUGAGGUCACAGAUGCCACCUUGUUUGCAUGCUUCUGUGUGUAUACAAGCUGCUCAGAUGCAAGGGUCAUGUGGGACCAAAAAACUGGGCGCUCAAGGGGGUUUGGUUUUGUUUCUUUCCGGAAUCAACAGGAUGCUCAAAGUGCCAUAAAUGACCUAAAUGGCAAGUGGCUUGGCAGUCGGCAAAUCCGUUGUAAUUGGGCUACUAAGGGAGCUAAUGCUAAUGAAGACAAACAAAUAUCGGAUUCGAAGAGUGUGGUAGAUCCAACAAAUGGAUCUGUAGAAGAUGGCCAAGACAAUACGAAUGAUGAUGGUCCAGAGAAUAACCCACAAUACACAACUGUAUAUGUUGGGAACCUUGCUCACGAGUAUUACUGCCAGGUUACCCAACUAGAUCUCCACCGCCAUUUCCAUACCCUUGGUGCUGGAGUGAUUGAGGAAGUACGUGUACAACGUGAUAAAGGGUUUGGUUUUGUGAGAUACAGCAACCAUUCUGAAGCUGCUCUGGCUAUUCAAGUGGGGAAUGGUCGAAUGCUCUGUGGGAAGCCAAUCAAGUGUUCUUGGGGCAGCAAACCAACCCCACCUGGGACAGCCUCCAUGCCACUGCCCCCACCUGCUGCUGCAUUCCCUGGACUCUCUGCAGCUGACUUCUUUGGUUAUGAUCGCUCGUUGGCAUUGGCUGGCGCAGGCGCAAACCAAGCGUUGAUUCAUGUUCAGGGCCAGCAUGCUCUGAAACAAGCUGCAAUGGGGAUGGGCGCUGGCGCCAGCCAGGUGAUCUACGAUGGCGGGUUCCAAAAUGUGAGUGCAGCACAGCAGCUCAUGUAUUACUAGGGCUCGGUCAGACUUGAAUUAAUCACUGGUUGGAGCUUUUCCAUUGUGGUUCAUUUUCGUUUUCUUUUUGCACUCAUCUUCCUACUAUGUUCUGAUUUAGUUCUUGUGCUGCCCUUUGUGCUUAUGAAUGUGUUGCUGCACAAUUAUGUAGUCACAUGGAAUGUUGGUAGGGUUUGACAAGACUACUUGGGGAACCUUUUAUUUCCUUUUUUUUUUUUUUGUUUCCUCUUGUGUUAAUGAGAUCUUGAGGGCAUUUUUCUUCUCUAGCUUGUAUCCUGGAUCCUGUGAUUUGUGAUGGCUAGUUUUCUCUAAGAAUUGAAUUGUGGUUCA